UUCCCGCCGGGAAGCUGAACCCUCGCUUGGGGUCUCGCUUUUCUGCCUGCCCAGGCUGGUGUGGUGAGUUCUGAGGUGAACAAAGCCAAACCAGGAGCUGCUGAAGGACUGAGCUGGGCAUGGCCCUCAGUGUGGUGAGAGCGCUGGGAGCCCCAGCCUGGCUCUGCUCUGCUCUUGGACUGGGACAGGACAGGGAUUAUUCUGUGGUGCUGCUGGAUGGCGCCUCUGGAUGCUGAACCUCCUCCCUGGUGUUUGUUUGGGGGCUGUCACCAUUGUGGGAUGCUGAUUCACCAUUGCGGUUUGGGAAUGCUGAUCCCUCUCCCUGGUGUUUGGGGCUGUCACCAUUGGGGUUUUGGGGAUGUUAAUUCAACAUUGGGGUUUUGGGGAUGCUGAUCCACCAUUGGAAUUUUGGGGAUGCUGAUCCGUCUCCCUGGUGUUUGUUUGGGGCUGUCACCUUUGGGGUUUGUGGGAUGCUGACUCAACAUUGGGAUUUUGGGGAUGCUGAUCCCUCCUCCCUGGGGUUCAGGGGCUGUCACCAUUGGGUUUUUGGGGAUGUUGAUCCACCACUGGGGGUUUGUGGGAUGCUGGUCUCUCCUCCCUGGUGUUUGUUUGGGGACUGUCACCAUUUGGGUUGGGGAUGCUGAUCCCUCUCCCUGGUGUUUGGGGCUGUCACCAUCGGGAUUUUGGGGCUCUCCUGAGGGAAGCAGAGCCCUGUGGCUCCGCAGGGAUUGGGGAUGUGCUCAGGCUCCAGCAGGGACAGCCCUGCCCACACAGCAGGGCAAUGCCUGGCUCACAGCUCAGCUCCUGGGCUUGCUCUGUGCCUUGGAUCACACUGGGCAGGGGCUGGGGCUGUGUGUGCCAUUUGGAGAUGAUGUUUUACCUCAUUCACAGCUCUUUGCUUGUGUUUUUCAAGUAUUUUCUCUGAGUUUUACAAAAUAAAGGUCAGUUUCUUUACCAGGACAGUGCCCAGCGUUGCAUUUGUGCAGCACAAACAGGAUCUGCUGUGGUUCUGGUUCUGGUUCCAGAGCCCAGCUCUCCUGCUGUUCCCUGCAGAGCCUUCUCCAGCACUUUUACUAUCCUGCAAACUGAGUUUGCCUCUUAAUCAUUUUUUUCUCCCUGAAGAUAUCAAGGUUUCAUAGGACCCAGCCUUGAGCACACAUGGUGUGGAUAAAUAAAUCACGAGGUGAGGGUAAAUAAAUCAUUAGGUGAAGGUAAAUAAAUCCCUGCACACCAGGGGCUGGGUGAGGGCAGGGGAGUCAUGGGGAGCAUUGAACAUCUCCAGGCACACAGGGAUGGGGAGCAGAUGUAAAACCUUGGGAUGUGCUGCAGCUGAGAUGGAAAAUGUGCUUGUAAAUGCUGUAAAAUCAGCUCUUUGCUCGUUCCUGGCCCUGCCCUUUGCCAAGUCCAACAGGAUCCCAGCUGCUGGAGGUGUCACAGCCCUGCAGUGCUUUGAAAAUCCAAGAGUUUGAUUUACUGCCCUGUCUCCCUGCACCAAGCUCCUCCAGGAUCAUCCCCGUGCCAAUGACAACCACAGAGAUGUUGCUGCCACGCUCCUGCUGUGUUCGGAAAAUAUUCCAACUCUUCUGCUGCCACAAGCAAAUAUUUGCUGUGAUGAAGGGGUUCUGAUGACAAACACAUGUGAUCUCUUUGAUUCCUGCGUGUUUUCAAGAUUAUUUCUUCAAGUUCAGGAGCAGAGUUUAAAGACCAUGAUAGAGAAUUCUCCUUCCCUGCAUUUACUGGGUGUCAGAGCAGCUGUCAGAGCUCCCAGAGGGUGACACUGCCUUUGAAGGAGUGGGAAUUUGCUCUUUUUGCAGUUUAACAACUCUGGGGCAGAAUUUUCCCUCUUGGCUGAGGAUCUGUGAAGGUGAGGGCAGCAGGAGCUGAUCCCUGCCGUGGCAAGCUAUAGACACUCACGAAUGAGACGGCAAAUCUGAACCAGUGUCGUGAGCUGUUUAUUCAGCACGUCAGUCUCAGUGCAUUGUUAGGACAAUGGAGACAGGAUGUUAACAGCUCUCUGAUCUAAAGGAAAUGCCAAGGGGGUGUUGCAUUACAGCAUAGCAUAAAGCCAUCUCAGCCUAGGUUUCAGCUAAUCACACAUAGAGCAAAACAUAUUGACAAAAAUUCUAUCUAAUCAUGUGAAACACACAUAAUGAUAGUUAACACAAUAGCUCGUUCAUGAGAGGCAAAGCACAGAGAUGCAUUCAUGCUAACCUUGUAAAGAUAUACAUUAAAUAACCUUGUUGCAAUCUACGAAGACACAUUACAAAAGUCCAUUGUGCUGUUUCUCACGUCUGCUCUACUGCUCAGAAAACUUUUCGCUGCAUUAGCAAUGUACACAAAUCUGCUGUCAGAAGCCUGCCUUUUGAACCACUUUCUCAAAACCCUCUGAUUUUAUGAACGCCAGCAAUCCCCACCAGGACACCUGGGAACAGCAACUUCAGGCCCUGAGAAGAAGGGCAAGAGAAGAGACAAUCAGCGGGGCUGGGCGCUGAAUCGCUGCUCAGUGGGAGCAGCGGGCUCUGCUCGGUCCCGGCUCGGCCACGCCGCUGCCACGUGGAGCAGGAGGCGCUGCCGCCAGCCGGGGCUGUGCGGGGCACGUGGAGCGCGGCAGGAGUUGCUCAAGAGGCGCCUUUUUCUGAGCUGCCCAACGAAAACAGGCGGAGCAGCAGCGCGGCAGGGGCCGUUCUGGUUCGUCCUGCUGCUGGGGAUGCCCGUGAGCGUGUCUGUGAUAAACCCCGGAUUGUAGUGGAUGAUUAACCGGGCUCCAAAGCCAUCCCAUAACAGAGGAGAGGCAGCAGCACGUGCUGCGCCCUGCCUGGAGCGGGGAAGGAGCUGCUGUGGAGGGGACAGCCAAGGAACAGCUCUGGGAGGAUGAGCCCUGGGGGCUGCAGCGCUGCCUGAGCCAGCUGGGCCGCAAGGGCAGUCCAUGCACCUGUGGCUGCUGGGAGAAGCCGUGCUCAGCAUCUGUGAUCCACACACCCAGCAGCAUGAAAGGAGGGAAGCAGGACAGCUCCGAGGGCACCCAGGGUGCCAGGGGGAAGAUGACGCUGCCCCUGGCCCUGGUGGCUCUGAUUUCUGCCUUUGGCUCUUCCUUCCAGUACGGCUACAACGUGUCUGUGAUCAACUCUCCUGCCCCGUACAUGCAGGACUUCUACAACAGCACCUACCUGGAGAGGACAGGGGUGCCCAUGGACAGGGGCUUCCAGACCCUGCUCUGGUCACUCACAGUGUCCAUGUUCCCCCUGGGUGGCCUCUUUGGGUCACUCCUGGUGUGGCCCAUGGUCAACAACUGCGGCAGAAAGGGCACUUUGCUGAUAAAUAACCUCUUCUCCAUCGCUGCUGCCAUCCUCAUGGGGACCUCAGAGCUGGCAAAAAGCUUUGAAGUGAUCAUCCUUUCCCGUGUUCUCGUGGGAAUAUUUGCUGGCCUGGCUUCCAACGUGGUUCCCAUGUUCCUCGGAGAAAUGUCCCCCAAGAACCUGAGAGGAGCUGUGGGGGUGGUGCCGCAGCUCUUCAUCACCAUUGGCAUCCUUGCAGCCCAGAUCCUGGGGCUGCACAGCAUCCUUGGCAAUGCCAGAGGGUGGCCUGUGCUGCUGGGGCUCACCGGGAUCCCGUCCCUGCUCCAGCUCCUGGCACUGCCCUUCUUCCCCGAGAGCCCCAGGUACCUGCUCAUCCAACGGGGCUCCGAGGAGCAGGCACGGACAGCUCUGCAGAGGCUGAGGGGCUGGCAGGACGUGGAAGAGGAGAUUCAGGAGAUGUACCAGGAGGAUCGCUCCGAGAAGGAGGAGGGGCAGUUCUCUGUGCUCAGCCUGUUCACCUUCAGGGGCCUCAGGUGGCAGCUCAUCUCCAUCAUCGUCAUGAUGGCAGGGCAGCAGCUCUCGGGGGUCAACGGGGUGUUCUACUAUGCAGACAGGAUCUUCGAGUCAGCAGGGGUGCACAGCAGCAGCAUCCAGUAUGUCACCGUGUCAAUAGGUGCCAUCAACGUGGUCAUGACUCUGCUGGCUGUUUUCAUUGUGGAGUCCCUGGGGAGGAGGAUCCUCCUCCUGGCUGGCUUUGUGCUGUGCUCUGCCUCCUGUGCAAUCCUAACCCUGGCCCUCAACCUGCAGAGCUCUGUGUCCUGGAUGUCCUACCUCAGCAUAGUCUGUGUCAUUGCCUACAUCAUUGGACACGCCAUCGGACCCAGUCCCAUUCCUGCUGUGAUGAUCACCGAGAUGUUCCUGCAGUCGUCGCGGCCCGCGGCGUUCAUGGUGGGCGGCUCUGUGCACUGGCUGAGCAACUUCGCCGUGGGGCUGCUCUUCCUCUACAUGGAGGCUGGGCUGGGGCCCUACAGCUUCCUCAUCUUCUGUGCCAUCUGCGUGGCCACCCUGCUCUACAUCUUCUUCAUCGUUCCCGAGACCAAGAAUAAAACCUUCAUGGAAAUCAACAGGAUUAUGGCCAAGAGGAACAAAGUGGAGGUGCAGGAAAGCCAAGAGCCUAAAGAUUCCUACCCCCUGAAGGUAGGAAGGCAGGAAGAGAAGAAAUCGCUCUCCAGCACUGAGAUGUGAGCCAGCUGUGUUUGGCCUGACAGGAUCUGUUCAGCAGGAACACAAAUCCAGGGAUUCCUCCUUUGAUGCUGAUCUGACAAUCAGAACUGUUAAGGCUGGAAAAGACAUCUAACAUCAAAUCCAAAGCUAAUGCUGCCAAAUCCUCCUCUUGUUCCAAGGAAAAGGAAAUGUCCUCAGCCAGCUCAGUCUGUGACCAAGGAGCUGAUGAGUGUCCCGGUGUUUGUCCUGGUGGCACAUCCAGGGGACACACGGCAGCCCUUGGGCUGGGUGGGGGCAGUUGUGUGCAAGGAGAGCCCUAAACUCCUCUGGGGAACUGUCACUUGUGUGUUUGAGGGUCCAGCAAGGGAAAUUAAAUUCCAUUUGGUAUGUCA